UUUUUUUUUUUUUCUUCAUCAUGGAGUGGCAACCGCAGGAUGAGCCAUUGAGCCAGCUGGCUUGCUGUCUCAGGGAUUCUCUGAAUCCUUAUGAUCGCCCGGCCCAAAAACAGGCCGAACAGAUGCUAGUACAAGCAACCUCUUCUCCAGAUUAUGUCAACUAUAUCACCUACCUCUUCUGCACUCCGCAGCCCCCCUCGCAUCUGGGCAUGAACGAUGAAACCUACAAUAUGGUCCGAUUCGCCGCGGCCAUGAACCUCAAAACUAAGAUCCGUGUCGCCUACGCUACAAUCCCGCAGUCCUCCCUCACCUACAUUCGAUCAGCGACUCUGCUCAGUCUACGCGACGCCAAUGCUCAAGUUCGCAACUCCGCCGGUACGAUCAUCACAGAGUUGGUUUCGCAGGCCGGCUUGCUGGCAUGGCCGGAUGUCCUGAACGAGCUGCUCGCGCUCGUCGAAAACUCUGGCAACGUGACCAGUGUCACCCAGGAGGCUGCCAUGUCCGCUCUCGCGAAGGUCUGCGAAGAUAACCGCAAAAUCUUGGAUCGCGAGUACCAAGGACAAUACCCACUCGACAUCAUCAUUCCGAAGCUGCUUGAGUUCACCUCCAACCAGAGCGCCAAGGUCCGCUCGACGGCCCUCCGCACAAUCCACGUCUUCCUUCCCCACCGGCCCAAGGCGCUGGUUGCCUCCAUGGAUUUGUUCCUCUCGCAGCUGUUCCAACUAGCCAACGACUCUAGCAGCGAUGUUCGCCGCACCGUGUGUCAAACCUUCGCUCAACUGGUGGACUUCGCUCCGGAGAAACUGAUCCCGCAUAUGGAAGGGCUGGUCAAUUAUAUCAUCAUGCAACAGAAUAACCAGGAGGACCCGGAGCUCGCGCUCGAUGCAGCCGAGUUCUGGCUGGUCGCGGGUGAGCAGACGAAGCUCCAGCAGCCGUUGGCCCCCCACAUGUCUCAGAUCGUCCCCGUCCUGUUGCGGAGCAUGGUCUACGAUGAAUACGAGGCCACCCGCUUGGCUGCAGAGGGCGAGGACGCGGAAUUGGAUGAUCGCGCUGAAGAUCUCAAGCCUCAGUUUGCGAAGUCCAAAGGCGCUCGUCUAGAUACUGCCAAGCCGGACCAAGCCAACGGCAACGCGGCUCCCGAGAAGGAGGAGGAGGAUGAUGACCUGAGUGAAGGAGAGAUUGAGGAUUCCGAGUUCGGAGACGAUCCUGAGGAUGAGUGGACCCUUCGCAAAUGCUCUGCGGCAGCUUUGGACGUGUUCUCCAAUGUUUACCACGACCCAAUCUUCGAGGUCAUCCUACCCUAUUUGAUGGAGACUCUUCGUCAUGAACAGUGGCCCCAGCGGGAAGCUGCCGUUCUGACGCUGGGAGCGGUUGCUGAUGGUUGUAUGGAUGCGGUCACACCCCAUCUUCCAGAGCUUGUUCCUUAUCUGAUCUCGUGCCUGAAUGAUGACCAGCCUGUCGUCCGUCAGAUCACUUGCUGGUGCUUAGGACGAUAUUCGGAGUGGGCUUCUCAUCUGGCCGACCCCGCGGAAAGAGCCCGCUUUUUCGAGCCGAUGAUGGACGGCAUCCUGCGUCGCAUGUUGGAUGGCAACAAGAAGGUUCAAGAGGCAGCUGCAUCGGCCUUUGCAAGCCUGGAGGAGAAGUCCGAUGCCAACCUGAUUCCGUACUGCGAGCCCAUCCUUCGGCAGUUUGUGCAGUGUUUCGGCAAGUAUAAGGAUCGGAACAUGUACAUCCUGUACGAUUGUGUGCAGACCCUGGCGGAGUGCGUCAUGGGAGAGUUGGCGCAGCCUCAUCUGGUGAAUAUCCUGAUGCCUGCGCUCAUCGACCGUUAUAACAAGGUCGCCGACCAGUCUCGUGAGCUUUUCCCUUUGCUGGAGUGCCUCGGGUACAUCGCCGCCGCUUACGGAGAUGCAUUUGCUCCCUUUGCGCAGCCUCUCUUCCAGCGUUGCAUCAAGAUCAUCUACGAGAACUUGCAGGAGUAUAUUGCCUCGGUCAACAACCAGGGUGUCGAGGAGCCGGAUAAGGAUUUCUUGGUUACCAGCUUGGACCUUCUGAGCGCGAUCAUCCAGGCGAUCGAUCCGCAGAAGAGCGGCGAACUGGUGGCCAACUCCCAGCCUCGAUUCUUCGAACUCCUCUGCUUCUGUAUGGAAGACCCGAACUAUGAGGUCCGUCAAUCGUCGUACGCGCUGCUGGGAGACUGUGCGAUCAACAUCUUCCCUCAGCUCGAACCUUUCAUCCCUCAAAUCAUGCCCACUCUGAUCAAGCAAUUGGAUCUGGAUAUGAUCCGAGACGACGAUCGGCACACGGGGUUCAGUGUGCUCAACAACGCCUGCUGGUCGUGCGGAGAGAUUGCAGUCAACGAGAAGGCGGCUCUGUCCCCGUACGUUGAGAAGCUGUACCAAGGGCUUUACGUCAUCAUCAACAACGAAGAGAUCAUUGAUUCUGUGAACGAGAACGCUGCGAUGGCGCUGGGUCGGUUGGGAAUCUGCUGCUCGGAUCAACUUGCGCCUCGGCUGAGUGAGUACGCGGGGGUGUUUUUGAAAUCGAUGAACAAGAUCGAGUUCACCCGCGAAAAGGCGUCGGCUUUCUUGGGCUUCAACCAGGUGGUUAUGAAGAACCCGCAGGCCAUGGAGUCAUUCCUUGGCGAUUACUUCCAGGCCAUUGCGGCUUUUCCCAGCAAGUCUUUGAACCAGGAUGACUACCGGGACAUUCAAACAUCUUUCCAGCAGGUUCUGCAAGGCUACAAAAAUAUGAUACCCAACUUCGAUUCAUUCCUGUCGCAACUUCCGGCCCAUGUUGCUCAGAGACUUCGUUCUGUAUAUCAGAUUUAGAUCUAUAAUUUUCUCGUGUUAAUGUCCCACAUUUGCAAGUUUUCAAAAUCUCAUGGCGAAAGGCGUAUAAAACUUUCUCUCUUUGUCCUGUUCAGUCUCAAUUUUCUAGGUUGAAGGUUUGAACUUCAAUGCCUGGAUGUCGGUCAUUUUACUUGGGGGGAAGUAUCUGUCCAAAAAAUCCGGUUUAUGUGGAUGUGAAUGCGUGGCAUGCAGCUUGGGGGUUGCAACCUCCGGCUAUCUGGCUGUGAUGCAACCUUAAUGCGUGCCCCUUGCCUCGCGAGUCAAAAUUUCAGGAUGAGAAGCGUCGUGGUCUGUCUGAGUUUUCAGCCCUACCUUAUUUAGCUUUAG